CCAUGCGGCGGCCACGUGCCCAUCUCGCAAAAAGCUGGAUAUGGAUAUCGAUUGCAUGAAAAUGCACCCCCAACGCAACGCCACAUGCACAACAAUUAUUUGAAAAGUGUUGUGUCAUUUCAUCGAAUGAUCACAGCUCGCCCGACAAUUAUUUCAAUGUCACACUGUUGUUCAGAGGUAAUUGGGACACUCUCAUCUUGGAAAUUCUUUCUGCUGGAAUAUGUUCACCUCUGGUUCGUUGGUGCUUCUCCAGAUGUAAACUGAUCAGGUUAGAAAGAUCUCGCCGCUAACUGGCCUGAUCAGGAAUGAGACUGGGACAAGUCUAUCAGGUAGGCCGGCUUUGCCGCCAUGCCUGGGUGCGCUCACUCUCCACGUCGCCAUGCCGCAGCCAGAUGGACAACACCAGGGAGUUCCCCAAGGACUUCCCGCCGCAGUUCGACGCCAAGCUGAUAGAGCGGUGGUACUCGAAGUGGGAGGCGGACGGCGCAUUCAAAGGCGGCGGCCCACGCAGGGGCGGCAAGAAGUACAACAUGCUACUGCCUCCGCCCAACGUCACUGGCAAGUUGCACAUCGGACACGCUCUGACUGUUGCGCAGGAGGACGCCCUGUGUCGAUGGCACCGGCUGUGUGGCGAUGACGUACAGUAUGUUCCUGGCACCGAUCACGCAGGCAUAGCCACACAGUCGCUGGUUGAGCGCCUGCUGAAAGAUAAGGGCAUGGACGUUGCCGGCAUGAGCCGCGAGGAGCGUCUCAAGCACGUUAUGAAGUGGAAGGAGGAACACGGCGAUCACAUUGUCAACCAGUUGAGAAAGCUGGGUGUCAGCGUAGACUGGAGUCAGGAGUACUUCACGCUUGACGAGCCACGCGCUGAGUCUGUCAAGCACGCCUUUAUCCAGCUUUUCAACAGGGGGCUCAUUUAUCGGCGAGUCCGUUUUGCCAACUGGUGCUGCUCUUUGAAGACGGUCAUCUCCGAUAUCGAGGUUGAGGAAGAACACUACGAUGAGCCGACGAGGAUUAGCGUGGCGGGCUACGACGGCCAAGUUGAGGUUGGUCUUAUGCAUCACGUUGCCUACCCACUGGAGGAUGGCGGUGAGGUGGUGGUUGCCACUACCAGACCGGAGACCAUACCGGCCGAUGCAGCACUGGCCGUUCAUCCCGAUGACCUGAGAUACACGCAUCUUCAUGGGAAACGUGCCAUGAAUCCGGUCACCAAGAAGCACAUCCCCAUUAUCUGCGAUGAGCAGCUUGUCGAUAUGGAGAAAGGCACUGGUAUUGUGAAGGUGACACCAUGCCAUGACCAACGCGACUAUGAGUGUGGCUUGCGACAUGACUUGCCACAGGAGAUGCUGUUCGAUGAAGAUGGUUGCAUAGCCCUGUCUGACGGUGAGCGUGUUCAUCGCUUCGCCGCACGCAGGCUGAUACUGGAGAGCCUGCGACAGACCGGUCUCUACCGGCAUGCCGUCAAGCACCCAAUGCUCGUCCAACGAUGCUCUCGUUCUGGUGAUAUCAUUGAGCCGAUCCUCUAUCCACAAUGGUUUCUGCGUAUGGGUGACCUGUGUAAGCAUGCUGUUAAGGCUGUGGACAGUGGCGAGCUGAAAAUCACGCCGACUAGCGAGAAUGACGUCUGGAAGAGGUGGCUAUCCAAGGAGCAGGACUGGUGCUUGUCUCGUCAGCUCUACUGGGGUCAUCGGAUCCCAGCCUGGAGAGUGGUGGACGGGCUGCCUAAUCAGAAAAACAAUGUAGAGGAACAGAGCAUUGAUGAUGAGGUAUGGGUCGCCAGUGACAGCGAAGCGGAGGCCAAACAGAUGGCCAUUGCAUCGCAUGGUUGUGAUCCGGAGAAGGUGUCGGUUGUUCAAGAGACUGAUGUACUGGACACGUGGUUCUCAUCAGCAUUGCUCCCGUUAUCGACCGCCGGUUGGCCGUCAUCAGAGAUUACCGACUUCUACCCGCUUUCUGUGAUGGAGACUGGCAAUGAUAUCCUGUUCUUCUGGGUGGCACGCAUGUACAUGCUAUGCACAACACUGCAUCCGCAAGGCCAGUCACCAUUCUCACACAUUCUCCUUCACCCGCUCGUCAAGGAUGCAUCGGGUGCAAAAAUGUCCAAGAGUAAAGGCAAUGUAGUGGAUCCACUGGACAUAAUGAACGGUGCCAGUUAUGAGAAGCUGCUGGGCAGCAGAGCUGGCUCCACGCGACAAGAGGAUAAGCUGAAGGCAUUGCAUCCCGAUGCGUUUCCGGCGUGUGGUGCUGACUCGCUGCGCUUCUACCUCAACAAGAGCACGUCGGUAGUGGUGUCUAAUGUCCUGGGAGACAUCAACUUUGACCUCUAUGAAGUUAUUCUGGCACGGAACUUUGCCAAAAAGAUGUGGAAUGGUGUUCGCUUUGCCUACAUGAUCUGGCCACCAGGAUUUGAAGCCUCGCCACUGCGAUCUGAUGGCAAAGAACUUGGUUUGUUGGAUCGCUGGGUGAUGCACACCACUGCCAAGUUCGUAGCUGACUAUGACCAGGCCAUGCAAAGCCAUAACCUUGCGGUUGCCGCCAAUUUGGUACAGGAGUAUGUGCGAGAUCGUCUCUGCACGCAGUACUUUGAGUUUGUCAAGGUGCAGGCCGAUGUCAAUGAGAGUCUGGAUAUUCUCUACCAUACGCUGAGCAUUGGCCUGCAGGCCGCUCAUCCACUCAUGCCGUUCGUCACCGAGGAUCUGUGGCAGCGACUGCCGCAUCCCAAGGGCACGUCGAAAAGCAUUCUUAAUUCUACGCUACCGCGGCCGUCUGAGCUUUCCAUGUGGCUGUCGCCCGACUUGGACGAGAAGAGGGCCACUUUCCAGGGCAUUGCCAACUUUGGCAAGAAGACGAUGAGUGAGUUCAAGCCCAAAUCGUUGAUACUCUGCACUACACAACGAGAAUUUCUCAAGAUUUGCGAGGAAAACCAGGAGAUGCUGCGAAAGUACUUCUUCGUGCCGGAGUUUGUUGUCAAAGGAGAAAUGCCGUCAGACACAUCCAACAUGGUCUCUGCUCCUGUCAACAGCUUCAGCACUUUCUUUGCGUAUUGUGAAGAUGUUCAGGCGGCUGGUGUUUAUGAAAGCUACGCUAACAAACUGAAGAGCCUUACAAAGCUUGCGGAGAAGCUAAAGAAAACCCUCGCCAACCCGGGGUACGCUAAACAAGUGCCAGAAGAAAAGCAGCAGAGUGACAGGAGACGCCUUGAGGAGACUCAGCUACACAUGGUGUCCAUCGAGCACUCCCUGACGCUGCUACCAAAGAUACAGAAGAAGAAAUGAAAGCUGUGCCACUGCUGCUAGAAUUUCCAUCAGGGACUAGUACCCCCCCCCCCCCCCCCCCCGGUUUCUACCAGGGCCAGGGAUGAGCACGCCUUGGUUUCUACCAGGGUCCAGGGAGUCGUACCCAAAAUGGUUUGGGUACAACUCCCUGGUUUCUACCAAGUGCAGAUGGCUACCGCAGCUAUGAUGCUAGCUUGAUUGCUGUCACUCCAUAGUAUCACGUGUGCCGGAUGUUAAAAAUAAAAGCACCUGCCACCCCUCACAAAGCAACAGCCAGCUCACAACGGCUCCUUCCAGUAUAUAAUAAUAUAAUAUACUGAUAGAAAGAGGCAACUCUCUAGGCAUUUCGAAAUCAUCAAUAUUAUAGCUAUGUACCAUGCAAAUCAACUCCAUGAUACUUUGAUCUUAGAUU